ACCUGGGGCGGGGCCGGCAUGUGAUUGGCAGGCCAGACACCAAUGGGAGGGCGGGGGAGGCCGCGGGGCGGGGCCUGCCGGAGAGCGGGGCGGUGCUGCGGGGCGAGGACGGUCGGCCUCCUCCCCGAGCGCCGUGCUGGGGGAGCAGCUUCCGUUGUCUUACCUGCUGGUCUCUGCAGCGCCGGAGUGUGCGCUGUUACCCGCCUCCUGCAGAAGGACUUCAUGGCAGCGCUGUACCAGGUGCUGGAGGCUGGCAAGGUCGGGAUAUUCGAGAGCCCCACGGGCACCGGAAAGUCCUUAAGUCUUAUCUGCGGGGCCCUCUCCUGGCUCCGAGACUUUGAACGGAAGAAACGCCAAGAGGAGGCUCGUCUUCUUGAGGCUGGAGCCGCCCCCUUAAACGACGGGGAGGACCAGAAGCCACACCUCCCUUCACUGUCGUCCUGCCAGGAGACCCCAGGCACCCCGGGGGCCUCAGGGGAGCCCUACUGGGUCACGCAGUUUGUGCAGAAGAAAGGAGAGAGGGACCUGGUGGACCGACUCAGAGAGGAGCAGGUCCGGAGGAAGAAGCGAGAGGAGCGCCUGCAGCAGAGCCGGCACCACGCCUGGCUCAAGUCCGCCACCAAGCGCCCGAGACAGGAAGAUGAAGAGACUGAGCAUCUCCUCCACCUGAGCAGGGAGAUGCUGGCUGCAGGGAUGGGCUCCGAGCAGCUGGCCUCUGAGGAGGAGGAGCUGGUCCUGGCCGACUACGAGAGUGACGAGGACAGAGGCGCGGCCAGCGGAGCAGACAAGGAUGAGGAUGACUUGGAGGAAGAACAUGUAACCAAGAUUUACUACUGCAGUCGGACGCACUCCCAGCUGGCACAGUUUGUGCACGAGGUGCAGAAGAGCCCCUUCGGCAAGGACACCCGGCUCGUCUGCCUCGGCUCCCGGCAGAGCCUUUGUGUGAACGAGGAGGUGAGAGGGCUGGGCUCCGUGCAGCUCAUCAAUGACCGCUGUGCAGAGAUGCAGAGGAGCAGACAUGAGAGGAAUGGCAUCCCCGAGGAGGAGGAGGCGGCGGCCGAGAGGCGGCGGCCGCGGCGGCAGCGAGCCACCUGCCCCUUCUACAGCCACGAGCGGCUGCAGCUCCUCCGGGACGAGGUCCUGCUGGAGGUGAAGGACAUCGAGCAGCUGGUGACCCUGGGGAGGGAGGCUCGGGCCUGUCCCUACUAUGGGAGCCGGCUCGCCAUUCCCGCAGCGCAGCUGGUGGUGCUGCCCUACCAGACGCUGCUGCACGCGGCCACGCGGCAGGCAGCGGGCGUCCGGCUGCAGGGCCAGGUGGUGGUCAUCGACGAGGCCCACAACCUGAUCGACACCAUCACCGGCGUCCACAGCGUGGAGGUCAGCGGCUCCCAGCUCUGCCAGGCCCAUUCCCAGUUGCUCCAGUACAUGGAACGAUACGGGAAGCGCUUGAAGGCCAAGAACCUGAUGUACGUCAAACAGAUCCUGUACCUGUUGGAGAAGUUCGUGACUGUGCUGGGCGGCAACAUUAAGCAGAACCCCAAUACCCAGAGCCUCUCGCAGGCAGGGACGGAGCUGAAGACCAUCAACGACUUUCUCUUCCAGAGCCAGGUCGACAACAUCAACCUGUUCAAGGUGCGGCGCUACUGUGAGAGGAGCAUGAUCAGCAGGAAGCUCCUUGGCUUCACGGAGAGGUACGGAGCGGUCCUCACGCCCUCCAGGGAGCAGCCCAGGCUGUCUGGCUUCCAGCACUUCCUGCAGAGCCUGCAGCCCCCGGGGACCAAGGCUCCUGCAGCCCCCGCAGCAGAAGGGGAGGACGGGGCGCCACGGCUUGCUUCCCCACUGAUGCACAUCGAAGGCUUCCUCGCAGCUCUCACCACUGCCAACCAGGACGGGAGGGUCAUCCUGAGCCGCCAAGGCAGCCUCAGUCAGAGCAGCCUCAAAUUCUUGCUCCUGAACCCAGCCAUGCAUUUCGCCCAGGUGGUGAAGGAGUGCCGGGCAGUGGUCAUUGCGGGGGGCACCAUGCAGCCGGUGUCCGACUUCCGGGAGCAGCUGCUGGCAUGUGCCGGGGUGGAGGCUGAGCGAGUGGUGGAGUUCUCCUGUGGUCACGUGAUCCCUCCAGACAACAUCCUGCCCCUCGUCGUCUGCAGCGGGCCCUCCAGCCAGCAGCUGGACUUCACGUACCAGAAGAGAGAGCUACCUCACAUGAUGGAUGAGACGGGACGCAUUCUCUGUAACCUGUGCAACGUGGUCCCGGGAGGGGUGGUCUGUUUCUUCCCCUCCUAUGAGUACCAGCGCCAGGUCCACGCCCACUGGGACAAGAGUGGCCUGCUGGCCCGCCUGGCUGUCAGGAAAAGGAUAUUUCAGGAGCCCAAGAGAGCAAACCAGGUGGAGCAGGUGCUGAUGGAGUAUUCCAGGUGCAUUAAGCACUGCAGCCAGGCGGGGGGCACGGUGACGGGGGCCCUGCUGCUGUCUGUGGUUGGAGGGAAGAUGAGUGAAGGCAUCAACUUCUCUGACAACCUUGGCCGGUGUGUGGUCAUGGUGGGCAUGCCCUACCCCAACAUCAGGUCUCCAGAGCUGCAGGAGAAGAUGGCCUACCUGGACCAGACCCUCCCCAGAGCCCCAGGCCAGGCACCCCCCGGGAAGGCGCUGGUGGAGAAUCUGUGUAUGAAGGCCGUCAACCAGUCCAUCGGCCGGGCCAUCAGGCACCAGAAGGACUUUGCCAGCAUAGUGCUCCUGGACCACCGGUACGCCCGCCCACCUGUCCUGGCAAAGCUGCCGGCCUGGAUCCGCGACCGCGUGCAAGUCAAAGCCACCUUUGGCCCCGCCUUUGCUGCUUUGCGGACGGUUAGUCCUGCCUUUCUCUUUCCCCGAGAACCGCCCACACCCCAAGCUGGCGUCUCUGUCCUCCCCUCUCCCCAGUUCCAUCGUGAGAAGUCUGGCCCUUCUGUCAGCCUGCCCACUUGAGAUGGUGUCCGUCUGAGGCCUGGUCUGCAGGCAUCCUGCCUAAGAAGGUGAAAGCCAACAAGAGGAAGUGAGGCUGAUCCUGCGGAAACAGCGGGCCCGGCCCACAGCCCGGCACUGCCCUCCCUGGGCCUGUCCCACAGCCCGGUACUGCCCUCCCGGGCCCCGGGUCUGUCCCGCCUCGGCGUGGCCCAGCGUCCAGCUAGCUGCGCGGAAUCCCGGCCGGCCUUUGUGACAGCUGCAGAGGCUGCAGCAUCCCAGCCCUUGUUUCUCAGUGUCACCUUCUUAGAGGGGACACGGAGCAGGCCCUUCCUGUCUCUUCCUUUCUCACUAAAAUUAGCUGCUCUCAACCCUUCACCCCCUCCUGGAGAUGAAGAACGUCCCCCUUCUGCACCCUCUCCUGGUCACCUCAGCCACCCUCCUCCCCCAAGUCGUUAGGACCUGCCCGCUCCCGGCCCGCCAGCUCCCUGGCAUGGCUCCAGGUCCUCCAAGCCAGCGGUACCCCCCCUCCCUCUCAGCCGCUUGAGCGGCUCCGAGACACCUCCCCCGCUGACAUCAGCAAUUACACCGAGGGCCCUUAGGCCUCAGCAAGGCUAUUUUUAGAGAACCCGAGUCUGUCACUAAGAUGUGUUUUCCUGGGUGCAGAUACCCCUCCUCCGUCUGCCCUUGCUGACUGCACCGCUCUCCCCAGCUAGUCCCCCCAGCUGAGAGCAGCAGGGAGCGGGACAGGCCGCAGCGGAGGGGCGAGGGGCGUCUGUGUUCCGCACGGUAGGGUUUCUUGGUUAAAGGCACACUGCUGGCUUACACCCAGUUCCUGCAUCAUCUGUCUUUAUUGACUCGAGCUGCUUUCCCUCCAGCUCUCUCUGGGGCGGGGCAGGGCACAGAGAGUAACAGUACCCCCUUUUUCGGCCUUAGAAGGCAGCCUCCCUGCUCCCUGAAGGAGGUCCGGGCAACAGAGCAGGACAGCCCUCCACAACCCUGUCCCUCCAAGGGGCCCGUCUGGCUGUCCCGUGGUUCGGGAGAAGAAGGGGAAGGCGAGCCCCUAGGACUCCCAGUCAUCCUCAUCCUCCUCUCCCGGGGGCUGCUGUGGGGGCGGCAGAGGUGGGAUGGAGUCUGACAUUCGGGCAAAGGCUCCUCCCGGCCCCUCGCUGGCCCCUGGCCCAGGUCCUUUCCCGGAGAUACCUGGGAGGGCAGAGGUGGGGAGUGAGGGGCUGGUGUGGGGCACCAGCCCACCCAGCCCCUGCAGACGUCCCUCCUACCUUUGCGCCUCAUGGCCAGCUUGUUGAAGAGAUCGGACAUCAGGUCCCCACCUUGGCUGGUGGCUCUCACUGCAACAGGAAAGCCAGGGGGAGAUGACAGGGCUGAGGUGGACCAGGGGCAGCCUGUGUAACACCCUCAGGUUCAGGCGCUUCAUCCUCCAUUCUGUCAACACACCGGCCCGUCCACGGCCACUGGGUCACCACAGAUCUUGGGGCUUUGGUCUCAGCACUAAUAAGAAACAGCUGAACUCUUGAAGACAAGGGGCACAGAGGAGCAGCCCCACUGGCUGGACAAAGCAUUCAGCCCAGAGGGAUCAGGCAGUUUGCCUGGGGUCACAGCGCAAAGCCCAGAAGCAGAGCUGGGGCUCAGACUCGGGACUGGACGCCCAGGCGGUGCUGUGCUAGGCCCAGAUGUGGCAUCUAUGCCAGCGCUGGGGAUUCACAGCUGAUGUAAUUCAGAGCCCCAAGAGGCUCAGAGAAGCAGGACUGAGCCAGGUGUCCCUCGAAAAAUACCCCAGGUCCUUGACCAUUUCCUCGGACAACCAGCGGAGUCUAGUAAGAGGGCUCUCGUUUGAGCUGGGCUGAGGGAGGAAAGUCCACCAAGCAGAUGCCAAGCCAGGGAGGAGCAGAGGGGCGGGCCGCUGGGGACAGGGGGUGCCCCACCUUGCUCCUGCUCCUUCUGCUUCUUCUUCUCCAGCUUGCGCUCCUUGACGCUGCGCAGCUUGGCCUUGCCGAUGCCGCCGGCCUGGCGGAUGGACUCCAGCAGAGUGGCCCGGCCACUGGAGGGGUCAACCACUUCCUUGGGCGCUCCCUGGACUGGGGCCAGGGUGGGAAGGGGUGAGGAAGAAAGGCUGCUCAGACGGGGCCGGGCUGUGGGCUGGCCCAGCCUAAGGUUCCGGGGAGGAGGCAGCAGGCGAAGCGGCGCCUCGGGAGACAGGAGACCGUCCCGGGUCUGGAUGCCCAGAAAGCCACAUGUCCAGCAGCCCAGCCCCACCAACCCCACCCGUUCUUGGUGCCACGCUAUUCCGGUGGACCCAGAGAAUUACCCACGUGCUGGCUGACUGAACCUGACACGGGCCAACAAGGGAUUUUUGUGCCACUUCUGGGAGCUGGAGAUGGCCUGGGAGACAUACUAGUAAAACCAAGUCUGAGUUUGAGAGACA